AUGGAUAUUCUUACGAAGUUUGCGGAAGAUAAGGAAAAGUCUGCAGCCUUAGAAGACGCUUUCAAAUCUUCUAGAUAUCCAGAUACGUUGACUAUUUCGCUUCUCGCUGCCCACAUUGGAUCAACUGAAGAAGAAGUACAGGUAUGGCGUUUUUAACAAUUCUUUUUCUUGGCCUAGAACCAAGGAAAAGUGAAGGCUAUAUAAUAUUUUGACUGAAUCAUCGAAGGAAAAAGGAAACCGGAUGAUUAGGAAAUUGCGUUAAAAAUGUAGAAAAAAUAUUCAGAUCUUUUGCAACCAAUUUUUGCUUAAAUCAAACACUUAAUAUACAGAAAUGUUUUUAGUGUAUUUCUAUGCAUCGUGGUUUACCGAAAAGACCUAUCAGAAAAAAAUAUCCACUGAUGAUAUAACCAAAAUUCCUCCUUAAAGUUUGUUUGGAGGAUUUAUCGUCAUUCAUCCUUUAGCGGAUAUUCUUCCUCAAACCUCAGACGUUUUCUGGUGCUGUGAGUGCAUUAUUAAAUAUCGAGCGCGUCGCAUUUCGCAUUAUUUUUAAAACUGACUGUAAGAAAAUAUGUUUACCUUCCGAAUUUUCGUUUUUCGUCCUUAAUAAGAGGAAAAUCUUGUAUUGAUCUGUUUCGCUGAGUUUUCGAAGCGUUUUUUUAAACCACUAUUGGCGAUUCAUUAACAUAAUGCUGCUUAAUAAAAUAUGCGAUUAUUAUUACUUUUGCCUGUCUAACAAAAAUGUUUUUCUUUUUCAAACAUCGCAGAACUGGUUCACAGCAAGGGUAACAAAAUGGAGGAAGGAAGAAGGAUUUGUUCCAAUUGCUGAACGAGCAGCAAUUUUGGCUCAAAAUAUGAACAAAAGGGGUACUAAAGAAUGA